AUGGAAGAAUAUCAAGAAGACAUCAAGGCACUUAUUCCUAGCUGUACAAUGCACCAUGCAAAGGGGCAGCCAUACCUCAAUGAUAAUUCCGAAAAAAUCCUACACGGUCAGUUUUUACAAUCAAGCAGAUUACAACGUCCUCUCCACCUAUCCGUCAGCAUCGAACAACGAACUAUAAUAACUCUUCAGUGGUGGCGGAUAUGCGAAGAUAUCGUUAGUUGUGGGUUAGUCGCGAAGGAUAAGCGAUGGGGAUGUAUCGUCUGCCCGAUUGUAAAAACUGGAUUGAACCCUGUCUCGGAAUUUGAGGAGCUUUGUAAGCUCCAUCGGAGCUAUCAUGGGGGUAUGAUUGCUCUUUAG